GCUCUCCUCUCAGGGACUGUGUUCUGCAGCCCUUCUCUGGUCACGGGUCUGCCUGGCAUCUCUCAUCCAUAUCAUUCCUCUUUCCAUCCACUCAUCCUUUCCCCUGUCAUGAAAGGCCUGUCCAGUAGUCGGAGUCACCAUCAAGUGGUCUCCUAUGAACCAUCAUAUGAUCCACUGGGUCACCAUGUUGACCGCAAGCCAUAUUUGAUCAGUCAGAAUGACAUUCCUGUGCCCAUUCCCAUGCCGCAUCCAGCUGAGCUGUCCUACUACAAUGCUCAACGUACCUCGUACCCCUCUGACAGCAACAGCAUCGUCCCAUACGGAACCUUCCCAAGGAGGUGCCACUCCACCUCCUCAUCUCACCAUCCUGAGGUAAAGGAUGAGUGUAUGGCCAUGGUACCAUAUGUAGGAGGAGGAGGGGGAGGAGGAGGAGGUGGAGGAGGCUAUGGAGGUAAAACGCCCACCCGGGUACCAGCAAACUUUGCGGACCCGUUUGAGCGUCAGCCAUCAUUUUCCAGAGAUGGCUACCAUACACUGCAGUACAAACGAGGAGUUUUGGCCCACAGUGGGGGGAUGGGGGCCAACAACAACAACAAUGACAGCCCAGGGAGAAUUCGCCACCUGGUCCACUCAGUCCAAAAACUCUUCACCAAGUCACAUUCAUUGGAGGGGCCACACCACACACAGUCCUCCAAGGGGGCCAAUAAUGGGAGCGUUAAUGGUGGUGGUGGUGGUGGUGGAGGAGGUGGUGGUGGUGGUUCAAGGGCCAGCCCAGAAGGUGAAACUCCACCAGUGGGAGUGCGCCACCGGAAGCGCAGCAAGAGCCGUGAGCGCUGUCGAUCAGCGGAGCCCAAGCAUCGAAGCCACCACCACCACCACCACCAGCUCCACGGCUCAGCAUCUGCUCCGGGCUCCGGAUAUUGGAGCUCAGAUGACAACCUGGAACGGGAGCUGUGUCUCUACCACCCUCACCACCACCAACCUCCACCCUCACCCUCACCCUCCAUUUCCCCUUCGCCCAUCGCCAUGACAAUGGGCCGCUAUCCCGGCAAUAACCCAGACAAGUUCCCCCAGACUCCCCUCCCCAGUCUCUCCUCCUCACAGUCCCAGCAGUACUUCAUGAUGGACCCUUACGGCACACUCAAUGAGCACACACACCCCCAUGCACACCAUGGCCACUCACACCACCAUUCUGCACUCAAAGCCUCCCGGAGCAACAACGAUGUGAAGUAUGCAGCGUCGUCAGCAUGUGUGCCAGUUAGUGGUAGCAGCAAUAACAGCGGUGGCGGUAUCGGUGGAGGAGGUGGUCCCUUGCUGCCACUGGGUCUUGUGGACGGGCCCCUUGUGAAGAAAGGGGCGUGGUCGUCGAGCCUAACGGUGAGCAGGGCCCGAGAGGUCUACACCAACAACAGCAGCCACAACCAGCUACGAGCCAGCGCAGGAUCCGGUAACCUAAACCUAGAUAGAACUCUAAUCAAAUCUAAGGCCAGUCAGCAGCAGGAGCGUUCUUGCCAUUUCUUACAGGUACCUCAGGACGAGUGGAGCGGCUUCUCUCCCCUUGGGAAGGAAGAUGACAUCCCCUGUCGGAGGAUGAGGAGUGGCAGCUACGUCAAAGCCAUGGCCGAGGACGACAGUGGAGACUCUGACGGGAGUCCCAAACCCUCCCCCAAGGUCCAGGCACGCCGGGCCAGCUACCUGAAAGCCACACAACCAUCACUAACUGAGAUGACCACUCUACAGAUUUCGACGGAGCACUCCCCCAAACUGCAGAUCAGGAGCCACAGUUACCUGCGUGCGGUGAGUGAGGUUUCAAUCAAUAGAAGCCUGGAUACCCUGGACCCCAAAACCCUCCUCGACCCCAAAUCGCUGCUGUCCUCACCCCAAUACCGCUCACGCAAUGAAAGCUACAUGAGGGCCAUGAGCACCAUCAGUCAGCUGAGUGAGGUCGAGGUGAACGGGCAGAUUGAGCAGGUGUGUGAGCAGGUCUACAGCGAGAUGCAGUCCCAGGCCAUGGAGGCUGCCAUGGACAGUAUGGAUACCAUGGACACCUUGCCCAUGCCGGGAUGCUUCCGGAUGCGAAGCCACAGCUAUGUGAGGGCAAUCGACCAAGGCUGCGCCGGGGAAGAGGAAGGAGAGGGAGGGAGGCCGCUGCUCCUGCUGCCAUCCUCUCCACCGCGCACAUCUGCCACCACUGUAAGAACCAUCCAGAGCAGCACAGGCCAGGACGUGACGCGGCUGCAGCACACCCUGAGUUGCGUCCAUGGACCAGCCAGUCAGCAUGUCAGUAACAGCACCAUGACAGUCAGCACCCCCACCCCCUCAGUCCUGUCCAGGAGGGCAGUUGUUGAAGACCACCGUGAUGAAUACAGGAAAGAAGCACUCAGGAAGAGCAAAUGUCUCUCCAUAGGCAUCCAGGUCGAUGGACCAGAGGAGAUUCUGGAUCCAGAGGACCCAUCUAAGUUCACCUCUGUAGGGGUGCAAGUGGAGGAUGACAGAGGGUAUCGUCGGUUCCAGCGCUCCAACAGUGUGACAGCAGCUGUACAGGCAGAUCUGGACAUGCCGGACCUGCUGGACACCCCUCUAGACUCCCCGGACACUGACAUGGAAGUCCUGUCAUCUGGUGCCAUCUCUCGACAAUACUCUCGUGAUGCCGCCACCUCCACCGUCAGCAUCCAGGGCUCAGGGAACCACUAUCACGCCUGUGCCUCUGAUGACUAUGAAGAUGUGGGCUUUGACCCAUCCAUUCUCCCCCCUCCAGACCCCUGGAUAGACAGUGUAACAGAUGACCCACUUGAUGUCAACUUCAACAGCUCUGCUAUUCUAGAGGUGGUGCAGCGGUCGGUGUGUCAGAGAGACGGACGCUGGUUCCUGAAGCUGCUGCAGGCGGAGACCGACCGCUUGGAGGGCUGGUGUCGACAGAUGGAGCUUGACCAGCGGGAGAAUGCCCUGCCUGAAGAGAUCCUCGGGAAGAUGAGGAGUGCUGUGGGAAGUGCUCAGCUUCUGAUAUCCCAGAAGUUUCAGCAGUUCAGGGAGCUGUGUGAGGAGAAUCUGAACCCCAACGCCCACCCUCGUCCCGUGGCCUCAGACCUGGCUGGUUUCUGGGACAUGCUUCAGCUGUCGAUCGAGAACAUAAGCCUCAAGUUUGAUGAGCUUCACCAGCUCAGAGCCAACAGCUGGAGGCCCCUGGAUCCCCCCGAGAGAAAGGAGAGGCGGCUCCCACCUCCAGUGCCAAAAAAGCCACCCAAGGGCCCCCACCACCACCCCCCUCUGGCCAGAGACCGCUCACUGGAGAGUUCAGAGAAACAGCGGCAGGAGGCCAGGAAACGCCUGAUGGCCGCUAAGAGGGCUGCAUCCGUACGGCAAAAUUCAGCCACGGAGAGUGCUGACAGCAUUGAGAUCUACAUACCUGAGGCUCAGACGAGGCUAUGA